CCGCCAUGAUACGAGACAGCGCCACUAGUACCGAAAAGCCCCGCUAAGACAACAUCGUACUCGCCCAACAUGUAGAACACGAGGUGUCGGUACUUUGGUCUUGGUCCUCAAGACUUUCUCUCCCCAGUAUGCUUUGUUUCCCAUCUCUCUUUCGUCCUUCCUUAUUUCGUUCUCUCCAAACCACCCACAAGGAAAAAAACCAACAGUCGGGCAUUCCCACCUCAUAUGGCCGGUUUGAACAUGAUUUACAUCACGGCACACUGCCGUUCUCUCUUUUCCUUUUCAGAUUUUCAUUCACAUCCGUUUCGUUCUGGCUCGUCUCGAAAAGCUACUUCAUCACUGCCCGAGACUACCGUUUUUCAACCUUAUCCCCAUUGGCCCGAGAAGCAGGAAGGCCCUGGGGUCUCGCGAAACUACCUAGGAGAAAUUCCCAAGUAGUAAGAAAAGUGACAAAUGGAACUGGGGAAGAAUUAAAAAAGUACCCAGAAAAAAAUCUCCAAAACCGCGUUCUCUCUCCAUCCCCAAAAAGGGAGAAGCAGAAGAAUAAAAUAAAAAACUCAAAUGGGUAUAUAGGCGGAAAAUCUUCUCCAAAGAAUAAAAAACCAAACCCCGCCAAACAGCAGCAGAAAAAUGAAAAAGGGUAUUGUCUGUCGCAUGGCGUCGCGGGGGUGAGUGGGAUUUUGGGUUUAAAAAGGUAUGUAGCCCAAGAAUUGAAGAAAAAAAGGCAAGACCAUGGCCAAAAAUGGAGUGGGCGUGGGCGAUUGACCACUGCUGCCAAGAGUAUCAAUCAAAAGGUUUCGAUACAGUCGUCAAGUGCUGCAGAUGUCGAUGGUGGGUGGUGGUGAUUGGUGGUAAUAGCAAUAAACACUAGGUCGCGAACUAAGAGGUAAAGGCCGAGGUUAAGACGACGUUAUAUAUGCGACAAUGACGAUGGAAACGAGGUUUACGGAUUUUGAACGGAAAAAAGGAGUCGGUAUGUACAAAACCAGCCGAUAAGGUUUUUGGGUUUUAGAUCGGAGGGGUAAGUGGGAGUCAAAAAAAGAAGUUAGCUGGCCGAAGUUCAACGGGGCUGACGAGGUCGCUUCUCUCCCCGCCCAGCAAACGGAAUUCGGGUCAUUUCGCGACGCGUCGUCCGCGCGGUCGGUUUCAUCAGAAAAAUCGCUUCAUCACAAGAAAAUGGAUCCAGGGAGGG